UGUAAAUAAUUAUCAGGAGCUUGGCGAGGGAGGAGAAUUAUUCUGUGGUUUACGGCAGAUCUCUUCAGCCGAUUUCUUAAAGCUACUGACCAAACGCUCCUUAGAAAAUUCAAGAAGGUUUCUAACAUGUUAUCUAUGGCUUGAAGUGGUAUUUACCAGCAACGAUAACCACAUCAAUUUUCUUCAGCAAAAACUCGCCAUCUUUGCUCGUCGUCUUGUUUCGCAUUUCUUGGUAGUUUGACACAUUCCUUAGUUCUGGAUUCCUUUAGCUGUCGAUUAUUUAUUCGCAGCAUGGAUUUCACCCAGCAACUUGCUGAAGAGGACAAAGUUCCUGUUCCACCCUACAAAGAUCUUGAUCAUUGUAACAAGGGAUUCCAGGUUAUGAAUGCACUCAGGCACCAAAACCAACUGUGUGAUGUCAUAUUGAAAGCAGGAAAUGUUGAAAUUCCUGCUCACAGAGUGGUGUUAGCUUCUUCUAGCCCUUAUUUUUAUGCCAUGUUUACUGGAGAACUUUCUGAAAGCAAGCAAAAUGUAGUGACGUUAAAAGAAAUUGACAGCACAGCACUGGAACUGUUGGUGGAUUUUGUUUACAUUGCAGAAAUUGAAGUGACUGAGGAAAAUGUACAGGUCCUUCUACCAGCAGCUAACCUUCUCCAGCUAACAGAAGUAAGGGAUGCCUGCUGUGAGUUCCUGAAGGCUCAGCUUCACCCAUCCAACUGUCUGGGCAUCAGAGCAUUUGCUGAUAUGCACUCUUGUUCUGACCUGAUGGGAUCUGGUCAUUGCUAUGCUGAACAGCAUUUCAGUGAAGUAGUUAAUGGGGAAGAGUUUGUUGGUCUACCCUACAUGCAAGUAGCAGAGCUGAUAUCAAGUGAUCAGUUGUGUGUUCCAUCAGAAGAAAAGGUGUUUGAAUCAGUAGUCAGGUGGGUAAUGCACGACCCAGAACAUAGACAAGAUUGUCUUGCCCAACUGAUGGAGCAUGUGCGACUUCCGCUUCUUUCUCGGGAAUACCUUGUCAGCCGAGUAGAGACAGAGGCUUUGAUCAAGAACAAUGUUGCAUGUAAAGACUUUCUCAUAGAAGCGCUAAAGUAUCAUUUAUUGACGAGUGAACAGAGGUCAAUGCUACAGACACCCAGAACACGACCCAGGACACCCAUUGGGUUACCUAAGGUUAUGUUUGUCGUUGGUGGACAGGCACCCAAAGCUAUACGAAGUGUCGAAUGCUACGAUUUUAAAGCAGAAAAGUGGUAUCCUGUGGCCGAGAUGAACUCUCGUCGUUGUCGCGCCGGGGUGGCUGUACUUGACAGUCUCAUCUAUGCUGUAGGUGGUUUUAAUGGUUCUUUACGCGUGCGCACGGUCGAUUGUUACGACCCCAUCAAAGACCAGUGGCGUCCUGCUGCUUCAAUGGAAGCACGACGUAGCACACUAGGGGCGGCUGUGCUGAACGGGUUGCUUUACGCUGUUGGUGGCUUUGAUGGCACGACUGGACUUAGCACUUGUGAGGUCUAUGACCCCAAGUUAAACGAAUGGCGACCUAUCGCAAAUAUGAGUAGCCGACGGAGUAGUGUCGGUGUAGGAGUGUUAAACGGAGUAUUAUACGCGGUCGGCGGUUAUGACGGCGCAUCAAGGCAUUGUCUGAGUUCCGUCGAGUGCUACAACCCUAACACCAAUGAAUGGAGUCUGGUCAGUGAUAUGAGCACCCGGCGUAGUGGAGCGGGAGUCGGAGUUGCAGAAGGAGUCAUGUUUGCAAUAGGAGGACAUGAUGGGCCUCAUGUUAGAAAGAGCGUGGAAUCUUAUAACCCUGAUACAAACACAUGGAGGCCUGUGUCAGAAAUGAGUAUGUGUCGACGAAACGCAGGGGUUGCUUCAGUUAAUGGACUGUUAUUUGUUGUUGGGGGUGACGAUGGAUCGACUAACUUAGCCUCAGUAGAGGUUUAUAACCCUCGAACAGAUCAAUGGGGAUUGCUUCCUUCAUGUAUGAGUAUAGGACGCAGUUAUGCAGGGGUUUCUGUUAUAGAUAGGCCAAACCCGAAAUAAUGAUCUCUGCCAUGGAUCUUGACUGAGAUCAACGUACAUAUGUCUCCCGGUGUAUGUGAGAUCUUCAAAAUGUUCCUGGGGAUUGCGCUCACUUCACAUGCAAGGCAAAGUUUAUUGAUGAGAUGAUGGUCAAUAGAUGUCAAUAGUUAGUUUUGUUAUAGGAUUUUCGAUUCCACUAGAGCUAUACACGUCAUUGCCUUGUUUAAUAAUUUACUCUCAUGAAGUGCUAGCAUCUGGUGUUGCCAAACAAGAGGGAAAAGAACGAAAAGUAACAGUAAACUCAAAGCCCUGAAA